CAGAUCACAACCCUCCACUGUUCCUUGUAGCAGCAGCAGCAGCGACCCGCAGAUUAGAAACAAGCGCCUUACACAGCAAAUACAACAGCAACCACACACACACUCGCGCGUCUAUUUCAUAUCAACACCCACUCGUAUACAGACUCAAUCAUACACACACACACGGCAGCGCUAAAGUUACACAUCAAUAAGUUAUGCGAGUUGCAUGAUGCGACGUCGCGUGUACGGUUAGAACAGCGGCGGGAGUCAUUGCCGCAAUUUUGGGUGUUUGGGAAGAGCGUCGCGAGUGAUUUGGGAGCGCGGAUUUGACACCGGGGCGAGUGGAGAGAAUAUUAGAGAAGGGGGGGUGGGGGGGGGGGGUUCCGUUCCAGUGUUGCAACGGAGGUGUUGAGCACCUGGCUGCCCCACUGCGCCCCCUGACUGCCCCCUGGCUGCCCCCCCUCCCUGGCUACCGGCCAAGACCCGGGGGCAUUUGAAUGGAAUGUGGAUGAUGGUCCCAGACCUCAGAGCCCCGCAAGGCAAUCCAGCAGAGGACGUUGCCACCGCGCCCUGAAGACGACACUAAGAAUUGAGCUCCUUGUUUCUUCAUUCUCUGGGUUCCAGCUCGAUUUGACGCAGUCCGAGCUGCCUCCCUUCGCGGGAACACCCUCGACCGAUCCCCGACCCGGGCACGCACAAGGAACACGUUCCACGCGAACUCCUCUUCACGUCCAGAGAGCAGUCCAGGGAAGGGACUCGGUGCAUAGGACUCGGACAAAGGACUCUGUCCAGAGUCCUUCGUCUGUCAAGUCUCCCGCUGUCUCCCUGCAGCCCCCAGAGAGUCCACUAGUUUAUGUUGGAGGUCGAGUAGCAUUUAUAUAGUAAUUUUUUUUUUUUAUAUUAAGCAGUUUCUUGGCCGACUGUCAACUCAUGUUGAUGACCACUAUGAGCAGCUCAGUCGCCACGAACCCCCGCGAGCUGGCAAUGAGAAACCCGCCCACGGAGCCCCUCAUCGGCGCGCGCCACAACAACAACAACAUCAACAACAUCAACAACAUCGCCGUCGACGCCCCGCCGACCCCAGGCGGCACAACGCUGACGACGGUCUUGACCUCGAGCCUCAACGCCUCCAACGGCACGCCGGGCCAGCGCCCACCGCCGUCGAUGACCAGGAGCCCGCGGCGUCGCAGUCGCCCGCGCUUCGUCAACAAGGACGGCCGUUGCAACGUGCAGGUGACCGGCAUGGACGACCACUGGCCGAAGUACCUCGCCGACCUCUUCACGACGUGCGUGGACGCUCGCUGGCGCGCGGCCUUCGCCGUCUUCGUCGUCGCCUUCCUACUCUCGUGGCUCCUCUUUGCGCUCGUCUUCUGGCUGGCCGCGUGGUGGCACGGGGACACGGCUGCGCGGGGCCCCAGGGCGGCCGCGUCGGCGUCAUCGGCGUCGGCGCCGGCGCCGCGCCCGCCCUGCGUCACCAACGUCAACGGCUUCGUGUCGGCAUUCCUCUUCUCGGUCGAGACGCAGACGACGAUCGGCUAUGGCUUCCGCUGCGUCACCGAGGAGUGCGCCGUCGCCAUCGUCGCCGUGGUCGCUCAGUCGAUCGUCGGCUGCCUCGUCGACUGCUUCACCAUCGGCGUGAUCAUGGCCAAGAUGGCCCGGCCCAAGAAGCGCGCGCGGACGCUGCGCUUCAGCGACAAGGCGGUGGUGAACGAGCGGGGCGGCAGGCGCUACCUCGAGUGGCGCGUGGGCAACCUGCGCAGGAGCCACAUCGUGGAGGCGCACGUGCGCGCGCAGCUCAUCAGGACCAAGUCGGCGGAGCGCAACUACGUGGUGAUGAGGCAGGACGACGUGAACGUCGGCUUCGACAAGGGCCUCGACAGAAUAUUCCUCGUGUCGCCCUACACCGUGGUGCACGAAAUCGACGAGGAGAGCCCCCUGUACGACAUGAGUAGGGGCAGCCUCGAGGGGGGAAGCGCCGGCGGCGACAACUUAGACGACGACGACUACGACGACGUGGAGAUCGUGGUCAUUCUGGAGGGCAUGGUGGAGGCCACGGCGAUGACGACGCAGGCGCGCAGCUCCUACCUGGCGAGCGAAAUCCUGUGGGGCCACGAGUUUCGACCGGUGCUGCGCCAAGAGGGCGAUCACUACCGAGUCGACUACGGCCAGUUCGACGCCACGAGUGCGAUGGAGGUGCCGAUGUCGCCGUGCAGCGCGCGGGAGCUGGACGAGAAGCGGCUGUCGGCGACGGGCGACCGCGGGAGCGCGGCGAGCGUCGCCAGGGACAGCGUGCGGAGCAUCGACGAAACGACGCCGUUGGUGGAGGGGGUGGCGCCGCAUGGCGGGGCGGAGGAGGGGAGCGCGAUUCGAGGAAUCUCGACGACGACGACGAGAAGGACGCUAGAACCCGCGGUGUAGGUUCGGGGAGUCGCGUUGUCGCACUGAGCGAGAUUUCGAGGUCGCUGCGGGGGACAGCGGACGCUGUAUCCUAAAAAAACGAGACGGCGAACAAUUUGCCGAGCCGCUGGCUGAGUUGCAAGGAUGCGAUGGGUGGAGGUGGGCUGAGGGUGGGGUGGGCUUGGGGGGUUGGUGGGAAGGUGGUUGCCAAUCGGCAGAAACACGAAAAAAAAAACUAGACACAGGCAGCUACGGUCAUUAACGCUUCUGAGCACUUUGGAGAUAGAGGGGGGGGAGCUCCCAGUAUCAGACUGCGUGGAGAUGGCCCACAACGGUUUCAGUUCCGGUCUGAAAAGCGCCAAAAAAAAAAACUCACGGACAUUCAUCAAAUAUAGGGAGAGAGGAAGGGAGAGAGGAAGGGCGAUAGAGAGAGAGAGAGACGCAGGAAGCGGUUUCAGGCUCUCUGUCUUGCGCCGUGCCCCAGCAGCUCCCACGGCCUCGUGCCGAGAGCCCCCGCCUGCAGAACGCGGAGCUCACAGUCAGAAGCACGUGUCGCCAACGAGGCACUUAGCACUCGAGUAAGGGACAUUAUAAACAUCUAAGAGAGAGAGAGAUAAAACAAACACAAGUGUUAAAAUCACGAUUCAACAGUUGGUAGAUGUUUGCUCUUUGUACCGCUAAAUGUUAAGGGUUGAAUAUUUGUAAAUAGGAGACAAUUUUAAGCGACUGCGUCGCCAGUGGACAGUAGGCAUUGCUAAGAACAACAUCACGUUGGUGAUUAACAAUUUUUUAUAAUGAAACAAAAAAUAUACAUAGCAGGUGGAUGUUUCGGGGCAAUAGCCCUUCUCUUGUCUGAAGAAGAGACAUUGACCGAAACGUCUGCGCUAAGACGUCAGCCUAUUCUUACAUAUUAUAAUACCUCUAGCAAGGCACGAGAAAGAAUGCAGCAACCGACAAUGUGUUUAAGAGGCAAUUUAAAUGUAACUCAAAGGUAGUUCUGCGAUAACCUCUUCCGCAGGGUCAUUCUCUCGUACGGGAUGACGCGGGUGCUCUUGUGAGAGCCCCGAGUGAAUGGAGUCUUCAUCUCACGAUGUAACACCCCUAGCACGAUUGGAAUAACAUCAGAGGAUAGAUACAAAUCUGCCCGGUCAGUCCAGCCCAUCGCUAUCGGAAAUCCUGAACCAGAGGUGGACAAUCCACAUUAAUCGGGCACGGGCCCAUUGACCCUAUAGAACGACUUCUGUUAACCUCUAACAAUGCGGUACUUUAUUUAUCAACCCUGGGAGGGGAGGAGAUGAUAGGUUGAGUGGAGCCCCAAAUAAAAUAUGAACUUACAACCUUCCUCUCUCACCACAUCCAGCCUGAUUCCCACGAUUAUUCUGCACUCGUAGAUCUCGGAAGCCAAGCUAAGCAGGAUUGAGCCUGGAAAGUGCUUGAAUGGGCAACCACUAUGCAUGCGUGAAGCAGGUGCUACAGGCUGCUACGGAAAGACGUCGUGUUGUGAAACUGUGCUAUGCUCUACACCUUCACUGGCACGGACACACCAGCGUGGUGAAGCAUGGUCAAAACAAUCCCCACGAACCCAUACCGCGUGGAAGAGACUCCCGUCCAUCCAGCAGUGGAUAUGGUAAAGUGAUUGUACAUGCACAAAUAUAAACACUUGAAUUAUUGCGCACAUUUACUUUGGCUUUUCGGAAGCAGUGAUGGUAAUUCCAGAUCGCUAUGGCAGGGAGCAGUCAAUCUACAAGAAAACAACUGAUAAUAUAGUUUUUUGUUAGAUCGCGUAAAUAUAGAAAUGUGUCUCGAUUUAAAGCUUUCGUGACUGCAGGGAUUCAUCUUCUUGGUUCUUUCGGUAAAGUCACAGUGACUUUACCGAAAGAAACAAGAAGAUAUAAAUGUGUCGUUAAAGCCGCCACUACCAGACAUAGCCAAAUAGUAAGGGUUGUCACCUUAACAAUUGUAAAUGUUGUGGCUUGGCUCUCCAACACACCGCUGUGCUGUAAUAGUAACUAAUUGGCAUGUUCUGUUUACGUGACAACCCUUACUACUUUGCUGUAUCGGGUGGUGGCGGGGUUAACGACACAUUUAUACAUUUAUGCGAUCUAACCCCAAAUAAACCUGUAUUACGGAUGCUAUUGGUCGCGAAAGCCUACGUGUUCGUAAUGAAGGUUUUUCUUCUUCUGGCAAAUCGCCCGAUGAUGCUGGAUGUAAUUACCAGCGAAACGUCGUCCUACUCAAAUUGUAAAUGUUGUGGAUUUACUCUUCAACACACCGGUGGGCUGAAGCGGUAACGAAUUGUCGCGUUUUUGUUCACGUGACAAACCUCACAGGCUGUGUCGGGUGGUGGGGGGGCUACGACACAACAUUUAUUCUUACACGAUUUGACCCAAAACAACCUUUAUUAUGAAUAAUAUUGGUCGCGAAAGCUGACGACGUGUUAAACAAACCCGCUGUUGACUUCCCACAAAGUCGUAGGGAUUUGUUGACCCAGAUAAAGAUGAUGGGCUGCGGUGCACAUACGGCAUUUUUUUUUAUAAAUGUAACAUUACCGUAUUGCCCAGAUUAGAGACGCACCCCCCAUCCACCUACCCCCCCCCCCCCAUUUAUUUCAAAGUAAAAGUUGGGGAGGUGCGUCUUAUAAUCCUGUAGCUGUGUGCGUGUGUGUGAAACACCAGGGUUGUGUGUAACUUGACCCAUGCAGCGCACGCGUUUGGAGGUGCGUCUUGCUCUGCGGAGCGUCUUACAACUCGGAGAAUGCGGCCGUGCACUGGAACGGAGCACAACGCGAGCGAAUCGGGGCUAGAAAACGGUCGAGACACGUGUCAGUAUCCACGAGAAGAUGGGCCGUAGAUGCACGAGAUGAGAUCACUUUGCAAAAGUGACGUACAGAUUUUGAAUUUUUUUUUUUACAAUAUUCGUAUAAAAUGCAAAUGGCCGUACUAUGCGAGACGGCUAUGGGUUAUUAUAUUUAUAAAUAAGUAGGUAAUUUAAUAUGCAUUGGUUUAAAAUGGCUUACGAGGAUGUUACACGUGCAGUCCCACAAUCUCGUUGCACCUGCGCAGAGCGCGUGUGGCAGAAGGUGGUCAGGCUGACGGGUGCACACGUGUGCACACCUACACACGUGUGCAGGUGUGCGCACGUGUGCACACCUACACACGUGUGCAGGUGUGCGCACGUGUGCGGCACACGACGACAAAGAUCCCCACGUGUCGCCAUUGAUAGGCUGUUGCGGCAAGUGCUGUAAGGGAGCGGCACCGUGCCACGCACACACACGCGUGCUUACAAACGCACAUAGACACGUGCAGAGACAAAUGGACGGACAUACAGCACAUUGUAUAUACGUAGACAUAAGAACAUCGACACGUGCAGAGACAAAUGGACACACACACCACAUUGUAUAUAAGCAGACGUAAGAACACACUCGCACGCACGGACACACACAUAUACACGCACAGACAAAGAUCCCCCGUAUAGCCUUCAACAGACUUUAGGGGCAAGUGCCGUUAACGAGCACCUACGAAGGCCGGCACGGCACACGGCAAGGGUGGGUGGCCAGCACCACGCCCGGCCGCCUUUGUCUCCCCACUGCCGAUCUUUACACAGCGAACACCGGUACUCGUUUAGGCUGAGUCGAUCUAGGGGAGGCCCCGGGGGUGACAAGAGGGGAGGUGAAGGAGCAGCACGAAUGGUGGUCGCGGCGCGACCUUGCGAGACGUGACAUGGUGUUGUUUGCUCAGGUGUGUUUGUGUAGGCUCCUCCAUGCACUCUCUCUCUCUCUCCCUCUUCCUCUCAAAUGUACACACGCGCAUGCACUGAUACACCCUCAUGGUGCCCUCUCUCACACGGACAAACACUCUCACGACGGCGGACGACUUCCCCACCGAUGUAGAUUGUCGUGGGACGACUGCUGUUAGCGAGCACCGAUUGAAAGCGACGCGGCUCACGAGAUGGGGGUGGUUGGUGUGGUCGAUUUCACGCCCGGGCCGCCUUUGUCUCCCCAAUGUUGAUGUUUACACACCGCACCAGGUACUCGUUAUUCAUGGCCGGGUCGACUGGUAGUAGGAGGCCCAGAUCAAAGGUGUUCAGAUGCCACGCGCUACGAAUGUCUAUCCGUGGCCUGGAAUUGAACACAUAUACCACAAAAACAAAGACAAAGAUCGCCCGUAUAGCCUUAACACACUGUUGGGGAAAGUACUGUAAGCGAGCACCUACGAAGGCCAUCACGGCACACGAGGGGGUGGGUGGCCAGCACGACGGCCCGGCCGCCUUUGCCUCCAGCGCGUGGCGAUGUUUACGCAUCGCACCAGGUACUCAUUUGAGUCUGAGUCGACCUAGGGGAGGGCCCAGGACCGGUUCAGACGAUCGCCACUAGUGUUGGCCGCGUGCGGGAAUCGAACCUGGAUGGCCGGGCGGGUUCGGAGCGCAGCGUCGUGCUAAACCGCUCGCGACGCGCACACACACACACAAGUAAAGCGACGCACACACACACACAAGUAAAGCGACGCAUCGACACCCUCACACUCCAGUCACUACGAUUUACUUGAUGCGAGACAACGUCCCUCGGAUAGCCGGAGGGAUGAGUUUUGCACAUCGUGCGCGGAACCCCACGUGCCAAGUGUACAUUGUGACGACGACGACUCGUGAGAAUCACGAUCGUCGUCCCUCGGCGAGAGCGAUCGUCAUCCCCCACUCGCUUCUUCUGCCCGGAGUUUUAAAACUCACCCACGUGUGCACCGUGCACACAAUCAAAUCCCUCUCCCACGUGAAUGUAUUUAUACGCUUGUAUAUAUUCUGUACAGAUGCUGUUCGCUCGCAGACUCUUUGUUACGAACGCCGUCCUUAUACCUCGUUGGGGUUAUUUAUAUUCUAGUCGGGGCAUCAGCGGGGGUUAAUAUUUGUAUGUCGGUUAUAGCGGUUGUCAGUCAAAUGUCUGCAACGACGUCUCUUGUACAUUGCAAUGUCCGUCAAUAAUUGU